UUUCGCGGGUUACACACAACAAAUAAAAAGUUCGUAAACAGAAGAAGUGGUGCGCCGGCGUAAAAGUGUUUAUGAGUGCAACAAUAGCAGCAUUACGUGCACAUGUACUUUCCUGACUGUUUUUUUUUGUUUUGUUUACUGCGCAACUGUUGUUUAAAUUUGCGUAAAGGAAAGGCACGCCGAAAGUGUUGAAAGUGUUUCAAUUUUCCAGUGCACCUGCUCUGUCCCGUCGUCCCGUCGUUUCGGCUGAGCGCGCUGGCACUUCAAGCCACAAAAGUGUAAAGUGCAUGCGGCAGCACUAGCCUCCCCGAUCUUUUUGUUUUUGUUGCUAUUCGCGUCGCUGAAUCUGCGAUUCCCGCGCCACCGCCGACGCGCAGCCAGCCACCAACCCAACAGAUUCUCCGAAGCAAGAAUUUGCGCGCUUCUUUGUGAUUGUUGCCGCGCUCUAAUUGCAAAUCUUUCGCGCGUGUGUGUGAGUGUGUGUGUUUGUGUUGCCUUUUUGGUUUUUUGUUUUUGUUUGGCUCUCCUUAACUUUAAAACUUGUGCUGCUUUUGGACGCCCCACCGCACCGCAAAUGAGCAGCCUAAACUUUCGACAAUGCUGACAAUGACCGCAACUUCGGCCUCGAUAUCGACAACGGCUUCGGCAUCGGCAUCGACGGACUGCAGCAGCAGCAGCAUGCAGGGCUCGACGACCAGCUCGGCGGGCAGCGAUGUGAUGACGCUGACCACCACGGCCGCCUCCUCGUGGUGCGCCAUACCGACGAGCUCCAGGCUGCGGGUGCUGCGCCUGGUGCGCCCACACCAGCGUCGCCUCCUGGUGGGCGGCCCGGAGCGUGCCAGCACCUAUGGCUUUGCGGUGCGUGGCGGCAGGGAGCACGGCACGGGCUUCUUUGUCUCCCACGUGGAGCAUGGCGGAGAGGCGCAGCUCAAGGGAUUGCGGAUUGGCGACCAAAUACUGCGCCUCAAUGGCUUUCGGCUGGACGAUGCUGUGCACAAGGAGUUCAUUCAGCUGGUGGGCAGCCAGGAUCGCAUCACGCUCAAAGUGCGCGGCGUCGGCAUGCUGCCAGUCCGAGAUCAGCCGGAGGAGCGGCUGUCGUGGAGCGUGGUGAAGCUGCCCAGCGUCAGUGGCACGCCCUCGGAGAGCUCCUUCAAGACGGAGCGCAGGAGCGCGGCCAGUCGCGACAUCAGCGUGGUGCUGCACGUGGCGCCGCGCACCAAGCUGGGCCUGGGCAUCUGCAAGGGGCCGGAGUGGAAGCCGGGCAUCUUCGUGCAGUUCACCAAGGAGCGGAGUGUGGCGCGGGAGGCGGGCCUGCGGCCGGGCGACCAGAUCCUCAGCGUCAACAGCAUCGACUUCUCGGACGUGCUCUUCAGCGAGGCGGUGGCCGUGAUGAAGAGCUCCAGCAAGCUGGACAUGGUGGUGCGCACCGCUGCCGGCUGUGACCUAUUCCCGGGCGAGUCGAGCGGCUACAACAGUUCGGCGAGCUCCGUCACAGGAGACCAGAGUCCCUGCUGGGCCGAUGCCAAGUCCAAGCGGCUGACGGCGGUGCGCGAGGAGGCGCCUUCUGGUUCAGCCUCCUGGUCGCAGCCCCAGCCGGCAGUGCCCGGCAAGCAGCUGAACAAAACAAUCAUAAAGCUGUCCGAGAAUGGCACCUCCAUCAACAAUACGUUCAUUGCCAGCCACAGCAGCUCCACGCACAUCUUGAAGCAGCACAAAAGUCACCAGAGAACAGCAGCCCAAGGAGGAGCAGGAUGUGCACCCAUUCCUCCACCGCCAAAGGCAGCCAUGAAUGAGGCCAGUGGCAGCGGAGCAGGCGGCGCCAGCGAUGGGGGGGCAGCUGGGGGCAGCAGCCUCUCCAGUGCCAUAACCGAGGAGCUCAAGAAGCGCAAAGAGAAGCAGCGCAACAAUCGAGACAGCAGCAGCAGCCAAAGCCAGAGCCAAAGCCAGAGCCAGAGCUGUGCGGUUGCCCAAGUGUCACACAGGCAGCGGGGCAAUGCAGCAGCAGCAUCAACCACAGGUGCAACAGCGAAUGGAGGCGAUCAGCACACGGCGCUGAUGGAUGAAUUCAAGCGAGCGCAUCAGCGAAUGUUCAGGAACGGGUUCCAUGAGAGUGAGCACAAGGAACGUGGGGAGACCCUGAAGCGCACUUCGAUAAUGCCAGACGAUAGCUGCUAUCGGAAUAGCACGAUUCCCAGCAGCAGCAGCAGCCGCACAACUUCCGCACAGAAUUCCAGUCAGCUUGGUGUCACCAAUGGAGGAGCAGCAGCACCAGCACCAGCAGCCAGCAAUGGGACACCGGAAUUGCCGCCACCGCCGCCGCAGUUUGCCAAUCCACAGCCCAGACCGCAAAUGCUAAAGCUAACCAAUGGCAAUGGCAAUGAAAGUGUAAAUGGAAAUGCCAAUGGAAAUGGCAGCGUGGCCAAAAUGAAACAGUCGCAACCCAUGUCCCCGAUGCGCAGUGCCAGCAUUAGUGUGGGCGGCUUUCGGCCACCGGCAACACCACAGCCCGACUACGAUGCUGUGCAGCUGCGUGGCAAUCGUGGCACCACAUCCCCAGCCGCACCAGAAGGUUCCAUGCAGCAACGACGAACCCUGCGCUCUGUGGGCACAGUGACCAUUGGGGAGUACGGGGAGCAGCGUGCCAAGCGGGAGACACUGAGAAAGGUGAACGGCGGCGACGCGGCUGCAGGAGGAUCCAAUGGCAUACUGAAGAACGGCAGCUCGAACCGGAGCAGCGCCAGUUUCAGUCAGCACGGAGAGAAGACCAUCAAAUUUGGCAACUGAUUUGGGGACUGUCGACAAAUACUUUUGUGUGCAAUAUGCUCGACGGCUGGCCUGGGCUGUUCUAAGGCAGCUUCGAAGAGAGUACAAAAUUGGAUGUGCAGAGGCGUGUCUUCUUUUUUUUUUACAAAUAUUAAUAGGCAUUUUUUUUGGCAAAGAUGGAUGGAGGAUGGACAACGAAGGACGAAGGACGAAGCAUUUACUUACGAUUAGUUUGUAUUAUUAUUUAAUUUACUCUGUAAAUAAAUGUAUGCCACACACACACACACACACAGAAUACAGAAUA